GCGGAUUUGGAAUUGGAACGGGAACGGGAAGAAGAUGCCCCUGCUAUUUACGGGCUUCAACGCAUUUGGCCAGCAUGAAUGUGUAAGCGGCGACGUCGACUGCGCGGCCGGCUUCAGCGAAAUAAAUGUGCCAGUCUCGACCCAGAACCAGUGCACGAUUUCGAUCGGCUGGCGGUAUGCGGCCCUCGCUCUUGGCCGGAAGUUGUGGCUGCGUGGGCUCUUGGAUGAUGGCCCAAACGAGUGCGUGACCCUCGAGGCAACGGGGGACAUUAAGGCCCUGGCCGCUGGCGAUUCCCACUGCCUAGUGCUACUGCAUAGCGGACAACUCUAUAGAGUGCAACCAAAACUGCAAGCGGAACUAUUGGUUGUUAGACUAGAAGCUCCUCCCCGAUCCAAUUCGGGAACAAAGCGCUUUAUCUUUGGGGCUCCCAAGGCGCCUUCAUCGCCGAUCAUAGAGCACAUUGCCUGUGGUUCGCAUAUAAACGUAGCGAUUAGCGCGGAAAACUCCGUGUACAGCAUUCCCAGCUGCCUGCACCAGUUUUCCGAGCGUCAGUUUCGAGUAAAGCAGCUCCAAUGUGGCCAUGAACACGCCGUACUCCUCAAUGUCAACGGUGACGUGUUUACCUGGGGAAACGGACUGCGCGGACAGUUGGGUCAGGCCGUACUAAAAGUGGAGGAGACGCCGCAAUUGCUGGAGGCGCUGGCGGGGAUCAAGAUAACUCAAAUUGCUGCCGGUGGUUGGCACAGUGCGGCCAUAUCCGCCUUCGGAGACCUCUACACCUGGGGCCUCAACUGCAGCGGUCAGCUGGGGAUGCGUGUGAUGAAACCCGGUGGCUUCCUAAAAGAGCCUACUGUAUAUCCGCUGCCCCAGUUGCAAGAUCUGCCCGAAUGUGGUUGCUCCAAAGAGGCGGAGAAUAGCGAUGACUGUGCACCGCUGAGGGUGUUCGCUGGAUCUCGUCACACUCUACUGAUCCGCCGGUGCGGGCGGCCAUGGGCCAGUGGUUGGUGCAAGCACGGUCAGAUGGGCAAGCAGCUCCAAAACCUGUCUUACGUUGACGCAUUCCAGGCACUGGAUGGCAUCAUGAUGAACACUGCCUCCGAUGAUGUCUUUUGCGGUCCUUGGUCAACGGUGCUUCAUUUGAAGGAACUAAGAAAUUGAGAACACCU